AUGAAAGUAGGCAACCGAGGCGAUUAUGGCAUGUUCGGCAUAGAAUGGGACCAUAACUAUUAUCGUGCUCGUGAGUGUCAGGGCUACAACGAUUGGGAAGGCGGUCAUGGCACUGAGUGGUGCUGCGCCGAUCCCGCCAAGGUACCUAAUCUCACCAAGUUCAUUCUAAGCCUGCUUCCUCAACUUAGGACCCCACGCCCAGAAAAUUUUAACGUUGCGAAAUUUCAAAUAUCUGGAGCAGAAACCUCAACACCAAAGGAAGCAUCCCGUUUCGAAGCUCUACCAGUGGAGAUUACGGGCCAGAUUACCUCUUUCCUUUCAACGCCCUCUCUACUUGCCCUACGACUAUCUUCCAAGACGUUGGCAUCGCGCCUCUGUAUCGAUCAACAAUUCUGGAGUACCGAUACCUCAGUCAACGAUGCUCCGCGGGAUUGGAAGGCAUUGGCGAAGCAGUUGGCUAAGAAAGACGAUAUUAUGAUGGCUGAAGGUAGUCUGUUAGCUUCUCCAAUCGGCUUUCGCAAUAGAUGUAGAAUCUGGAGAAUCAUUGAGGAAGCAUUGUCGCUAUAG